GUUACCCGGAUAAAGAUUGGCUAUAUAAUAGGGACAAUUGAAGGCGGGGGUUGUAGUCCAAACCAGCAAUCGGUACUUGGUAGUAAGGUACUCGAUUUUGUGCUGCAGCUUCAGAAAUUAUUUGUGGCUUUUAAAUAUGGCUGGUGGUAAGGCAGGUAAAGACUCCGGGAAGACCAAGACGAAGGCUAUCUCGCGCUCUCAGAGAGCAGGACUGCAGUUCCCAGUGGGUCGUAUCCACAGACACCUUAAGUCCCGAACCACCAGCCACGGCAGAGUGGGAGCCACUGCAGCGGUGUACAGCGCGGCUAUUCUGGAAUACCUCACGGCCGAGGUAACGUUAACGCCAGCCUCGUUUAUCUCGCACCAUAUCCCUAUCAGAGCCGAUGUACAUAUAUCAAGUCUGGCUUUGUUUCAGGUUCUGGAGUUGGCAGGAAAUGCCUCCAAGGAUCUUAAGGUGAAGCGUAUAACCCCCCGCCACUUGCAGCUGGCUAUUAGAGGAGAUGAAGAGCUGGACUCGCUUAUCAAGGCCACUAUCGCUGGUGGAGGUGUGAUCCCUCACAUCCACAAGUCCCUGAUUGGAAAGAAGGGCCAGCAGAAAACCGUAUAAAUUGCUCUGGAAGUUGUGCCAUCUCAGGACGACGUCUGCAUUAAGUGGUUAAAUGUCUUUUUAGAUUUAGGAGUUAUUUGUAUUGGUGAACUUGCAUUUACUCACCUGGGGUAUUUUUUAAAAGUGGCUUCAGAGAAGCUCAUUUUUGUGUUUCUGCUUUUUUUUUCUGGUGCUGCAUUUUUUUUUUUUUAAUUUUUUGUUGCAACUUGCUUUUGUGGCAAUUCAAUGUUCAAAGUGGUGUUUUAAUAAAGCUCUAACUGGGCAUUUGCUGUUUGUUCUUUCAGUUCUUGCACUUUCAUGGGCUCUUAUGUCUACACUGUAGGUAUUUAGUUGGCUUCUCCAGUGUGGAUGGUGUACAUGUGUUUGGCUUUAGUGGUCUUAAUCUUCCCAGGUUGAAAGCACCCACCUUGAUCAUGAAAAAAAACUAAGGCUACCACAGCCUGCAAGUGGAAGAGUCAUGGCAUGCUUAGAACCAUCUUAAGCAUGCAAACCUGUAAUUGCAUAAAUUGCAAAGCAUGUUUUACAUCGGUUUAUCCCUGGACUGACAUGACCUGGGAAAACCCUGUUAUUUCUGGAUUGCUGAAUAAAGACUAUAGACUGGCA